UCUUAAAAAUCUAAGAAUAAUUGCAGGAAUAGACUUGAUUUGCAUUGAGACAUUGGUUUUUCUUCGAAGACAUUUGAGCGUUCUCUUCUGCCAACAUUAUUGUGUAACUACGUCAGCGGAAGUCCGUUUGCUUUUCUUUUUUUAAAGGACCGUCGUAAAUGAUUGAUUCCUUCUCGCUAAAUCUUUAAUAUCUCACUCUAUCCUCAUUCAAUCCUAUUCGACUUCUCUAAGAUAUACACAGCGCUAUUACAAGCGCAUUCGACAAUUCUAUAUCUAAUAUGAAUUCUAGAGUACUCUCCGCAGCUCGUCUAUCCAGAGGCAUAACUAGCGUUGCGGUUGUUGGCACAGGAAUUGGGCUGUACUAUACCUACAUGAGGAACGUGGCUUACGCGGAUUCCGGUGCGCCGAAGAAGGCUUUCGGCUCUGGUCCGGCUUUUUUGUCUCUUGAGCUCGAGAGCGCUGAAGCUGUAAACCACAACACUAAGCGAUUGCGAUUUAAACUACCUACGCCAGAUACCGUCAGUGGCCUUAAAUUAACAUCCGCGCUCUUAACAUACUCUUGGCCAAAAGGUAGCACAUUUCCUGUCGUGCGCCCUUACACUCCGAUUAACCUACUGGAUGAGCCGGGUGCUCUAGAAUUUCUCAUCAAGAAAUAUCCCGAUGGGAAGCAGAGCACAUACAUACACUCCCUAAAGCCGGGAGACUCGUUGCGCUUUGUCACCCGGAUACCGGGAUACAACUACCAACCAAACAAACACUCAGAGAUCCUUCUCAUUGCCGGAGGAGCCGGCAUUACUCCUAUCUACCAAUUGAUUCGGGGUAUCUUGCAAAAUCCUGAGGACCACACCAAGAUCAACUUGGUAUUUGGCGUAAAUACAAAUGCCGACUUGCUCCUAAGAAAGGAGCUCGACGAAUACGCAGCAAAUUUCCCAAGUCGUUUCAACGUCACGUAUACGAUCAGUCAUCCCACGAAUGGCUCGCCGUUUCGACAAGGCUACGUUACCAAGGAGUUGCUGAAUGAGGUAGCGCCUCAAUCGGCUAGCUCUAAAGUAUUUGUUUGCGGACCGCCGCCGAUGGAGGCUGCGCUUGUGGGAAGCUGGCAGAAAUCGGGGAUCUUGAAUGAACUCGGCUAUCGGAAGGAUCAAAUACAUAAGUUCUGAGCCUUUAGAUAGAUCGGAAGAUUCAGAUUAGUAGAUACUGGGGAUUUCUCCUCGCGUAAUAUAAAUAAUUACUCUAAACCUACCUAUUAUUUUAAUACAACAUAACAUCGAGUACUGAC